ACAAAUGAACUUACCAUCGCGCAUGCGUAUCAAUGCGCGCCAUAUUUGAGUCCACUUCCGUCAACUUAUUUGUGAUGGUUAUUUGUCAACAAUGUAUAUAAAGUCCAUGGUCGUUGAUGGCUUUAAGUCAUAUGCACAGAGAACAGAAAUAAUUGGAUUUGAUCCACUGUUUAAUGCAAUAACAGGACUGAAUGGUAGUGGGAAAUCCAACAUUUUAGACUCCAUUUGUUUUCUGUUGGGAAUAACCAAUUUAUCUCAUGUGAGGGCAACAAAUCUCCAAGAGCUUGUCUACAAAAAUGGACAAGCUGGCAUCACUAAGGCGACUGUCAGUAUCACAUUUGACAAUACAGAUAAGAAACAAAGCCCAUUGGGAUACGAACAGUAUGAUGAAAUCACAAUUACAAGACAGGUUGUAAUAGGAGGAAGAAACAAAUACUUGAUCAAUGGCAGUAAUGCCAACAACACCAGAGUCCAAGAUCUGUUUAGGUCUGUCCAACUCAAUGUCAACAAUCCGCAUUUCCUCAUCAUGCAGGGGAGAAUCACCAAAGUCCUCAACAUGAAGCCACCAGAGAUAUUAUCUAUGAUCGAGGAAGCUGCUGGCACCAGACUCUAUGAAAGUAAGAAGGAAGCUGCUCAGAAAACCAUAGAAAAAAAGGACGCAAAACUCAGGGAAAUUGACAUGGUUUUGAAAGAGGAUAUCACACCAACAUUGUCAAAGUUACGAGAGGAAAGGUCCUCGUAUCUAGAAUAUCAGAAGAUCAUCCGAGAACUUGAACACCUGAACAAGUUGUACAUCGCUUACCAGUUUGUUUGUGCAGAGGAAAAGAAAAAGAAAAGUGCUGAAGAGUUACUAGAGAUGCAGGAUUCAAUAAAGAAACUUAAGGCUCGAAUGACAGAGAUUGAUGAGAAAGUAAAGGAACUAGAUGAAGUUAUCAAGGAGCUGGAAAAGAAGCGAGACCAGGAGUCGGGCAGUGUAAUGCAGAAACUGGAGGCUGUGCUGGCUGAAAAACAGAAAGUAGAGGCUGUGUCUCAGAGUGCAGUGGACGUUAAAAAGGAAGGACUAGCAGCUGAAAACAAGAAGAAAAAAGAGCUAAACAAAAACAUUCAGGAUGAUAAGAAGGCCCUGGCCAGUAAAGAGAAGGAGAUGACAAAGCUUGGAGAGGAGCUGGAGAAGCUACAGGCUCAGAGUAAACUAGACCAGGAGAACCACGACGCGGCUCAGAAACACUAUCAGGCGGUCAGUGCUGGACUGUCCAGCAACACAGACGGGGAGGCAACUUCUCUCAAUGACCAGCUCAUGACUGCAAAAAAUGAAAUCAGUGUAGCUGAAACAGAAACUAAGCAAGCACAAAUGAGACUGAAACAUGCACAGCAGGAGGUUAAGAAGAAACAGACAGAUCUGAAGAAAACAGAACAGGGUUACCAGAAAGACAAGAGUGCAUACGAUGAGAUUCAGAAUCACAUGAAAGCUUUACAGGCUGAGAUGACUAAGCUUGGUUUUGAAGAGGGUAGAGAUGAGAAGUUGGCAGCUGAAAGGAGAACUUUGUCACAGGAGGUUCAUAAACUUCAGGAACAACUAGAAACACUGGAGGCACGAUUUCCACAGUUGCAAUUUGAUUACACAAACCCUGAGAAAAAUUUUGACAGAAGUAAAGUUCAUGGUCUUGUGUGCAAGUUGAUCAAAGUGAAGGAUGUUAAAAUGGCAACAGCGUUAGAAGUUUCUGCUGGAGGGAAGCUGUAUAAUGUGGUAGUGGACACAGAAGUAACAGGAAAGAAACUGAUUCAGAAGGGGGAACUCCGAAGGAGGUACACCAUCAUACCCCUCAACAAAAUCACAGCCCGCAGCAUCGCACCCGAUGUCGUCAGAAGGGCCGAGGAUCUAGUUGGCAAGAAGAACGUAAACACAGCCCUGUCUCUGAUUGGUUAUGAGAAAGACCUCCAGACUGCCAUGGAGUUUGUGUUUGGGUCAGUGUUUGUGUGCUCGGACAUGAACAACGCCAAAAAAGUGACCUUUGAUGACAGGAUCAUGAAGAAGUCAGUGACUAUGGAGGGAGACUCAUUUGAUCCAGCAGGAACCUUGACCGGCGGUGCUAGGGCCCAGACCAGUUCAAUUCUGGAGAAGCUUCAGGAACUCACACAAGUAGAAUCAAGGCUAAAGGAGAGACGGGGAAAACUGCAGCAAGUGGAGAAAGAACUGAGCUCACUGAAACAUGUAGUAGAAAAGUACACCACACUUAAGCAGAAAUAUGACCUGAAAGUUCAGGAAGCGGAACUCCUGCAAGCUCGUCUGGAACAAGGCUCUCAUCAUCAACAACUAGAGGAAAUAGAGACUCUAAAGAAUUCUAUCGAGGAACAAGAGAGUAUUUUAAAGAAGGCUGAAGAGACCCAGAAAAAGAUGUCUAAGAAAGCCAAGGACUUAGAGGAUAAAAUAAAGAAUGCCAAGGCAGUGAGGGAGAGAGAGCUGAAGGAGGCAGAGAGUGGUGUGACCAAGGCCAAGAAAAAGAUGGAGGAGUCCAGCCGCAAAAUGAAGGGAAAGUACCAGGAAACAGACAGUUUGAAGUUGGAAACUGAGGAACUUAAGAAGGAGAUAGAGACUUAUGAGGAACAGUUGCAGACAGUUGAGGAGACCAUAAUGCAGUUUGAGGAGCAGAUCAAGGACCUUUCAGAAAAAUCCCAGGCUACAAAGGCGGAUGUGAAGGAGGCCCAGGAUGCAGUCAAUAAACAGAAGGAUCUCCUGAAGGCUUGUAAUAAGGACAUCUCCAAAAGGAUCGCCGAGCAGAAGGACCUUCAGAAGGAGCACCAUGGCUCACAAUUAAAGAUCCAGGAACUGGAUCACAAAAUCUCUAAAUUCCAGAGUGACUCCAGAUCAGCUGCUCGGGAGGUGGAGAGCUUGCUACAGAAUUAUGACUGGAUCAUUGAUGAGAAGAAAUACUUUGGACAACCCAACACAGCAUAUGAUUUCCAGGCAAAUGAUCCCAAAGUGGCAGAGAAAAGGAUUGGAAAGUUGCAAGAAUCCAAGGACAAACUAUCUAAAAGUGUCAACAUGAGGGCCAUGAACAUGUUAGGGAAGGCGGAGGAACAGUACACUGACUUGAUGAAGAAGAGGAAAAUCGUGUUGAAUGAUAAAGCAAAGAUAGCAGCAGUUAUUGAGGAACUGGAUCAGAAAAAGAAUGAGGCACUGACCAAGGCCUGGGAACAGGUGAACAAGGAUUUCAGUUCAAUAUUCUCCACACUGCUCCCUGGAGCCUGUGCUAAAUUAUCUCCCCCUGAGGGACAGUCUGCUUUGGAAGGAUUAGAGGUCAAGGUUGGGUUUGGUGAUGUGUGGAAGGAGUCGCUUAGUGAACUCAGCGGAGGUCAAAGAUCCCUAAUAGCCCUAUCUUUGAUUCUGGCCAUGCUGCUAUUUAAGCCCGCACCUCUCUAUAUCCUGGAUGAAGUGGACGCAGCGUUAGAUAUUUCACACACGCAGAAUAUUGGACAGAUGAUCAAAUCUCACUUCAAGCACUCUCAGUUUAUUGUGGUUUCUCUCAAGGAUGGGAUGUUUAACAAUGCCAAUGUUUUAUAUAAGACAAAGUUCGUGGAUGGUGUUUCCACGGUAACACGAUAUGUGCAGCACAGUAAAACUGGAUCAGUGAGCAGCAGUACAGCUGACAAAGAGAACAGCCAUACCAUAAAGAAAAAACAGCAGACUGCGAAACGUACACGACUCGAGUGAGGGAGAAAUGGCAGACUGCCAAAUAUACAUGAUCUGAUUGUUCAGAAAUCAGACCAAGUUAGAAACUCGGCGAGUCGGGAGUCUUCAGUAAGGGGAGCACCACGUCUGUGUUCAGAUUUAUGUUGAAGAUAUUGUUAUCUUUGUUUUACAGAUAUUAAGGAGGUCGUGAUAAACUUAUUUUAUAUUUAUAUUAGUAAUUCUGGAUUUCUGAAAAUAAGGAUGUAUACCAGUAAUGUAAGGAAUAAAAUUAAUGAACACAUUGAA